AUGGACCCUGUGGAUCAGAUUGCGUACCUCCAGUCGGUGCUGGCCAAGCAGAAGAAGCAGACGGACCAUGCUGUGGCGCUGCUCCGUGCCUUCGAGCUGCCGCGGGAUUUCACCGGCAAGGCAGGGCGAGACGCCACCAUGAGGAUGCUGCUGGCGAAGAUUGCCGACUCAAUCGAGGCAAGUUUGUUGGCGGACAGGCAAGGAAAAGGCACUGUUGAUCUCUCUGCAUGUUGAUCUGUUGAUCGAUUAUGUGCGUCCAGGAGUCGGCCGCCGAGGCCGUCGAGCUGUUUCGGUGCAAGCUGAUCAUCGCCAAACAGAGGCAGGAGAUGAGCGACCAUCUGCUGGUCCGACGCUUCGGCUGCCCAUGAGUGAGACACACACGCGUCUCUCUAUGUCGGCUUGGCUGCAGCAACUUGAGGACCUGAUGCGUGAGCUCACCCGCGAGAAAUCUGAGAACACGGCGAAAACAGUACGUAAGCCUGCCUAGGCCUGCACUGUCUAUGGUAGAGUCAUUCUGUCUGCAUACCUUGUGUCUGACCUGACGCAGACCGCGCUUCGCAGCUACGCGAGUAGUAGUGUGGUCGAGCUGUCCAAGCGGUGAGCGUCGAUUCGAUACAUCUACCCAUUGCAGAUGGAUGGAUGGAUGGAUGGAUUGACGGACCAUAUACCAUUUAACAUGGUGUGGUUUGAUGGCCAUGUCAGGAACGCGGAGCGUUUCAAGAACGACCGGAUGAAGAAGCAGGUAGGUAUCCACGCCCUGUGUCCACGCUCAGCUGAAUAUGCGGCUCUUUUUGUCUGUCUGCUCAUCAAUACGACAGCUGGAUUUACUCCACCAAUGCAUUGACCACGUGACCAAGCUUGACACGCCACUCACCCUUCCAUCCACGUCUGUGCAGCCGAGGCCACCACUGCACAGUUGGGAACGAAAAGCCGUUGAGAGACACAAAGGAAAAACUGUCGAUUCUCUUUGCUUUGUGUGUGUGUGUGUCUGUGUGUCUGUGUGUGUGUCUGUGUGUAUGUUAUCUUGCAGGCACUUCAUCGGUUCUGGGUGUGAGCAAUGUGUGCCUGCCUGGUGAAAGGCUGCCGCAGAACAACCUCGAUGUGUUCAGGUAAACAGGGAGGGAGGGAGGUGUGUGAGCGCAUCCACACUCAUCUGCCUGCGCAGGAAGAUGCGCGUGGCGCUCCUGUACAUCUUGAGACAAAACUCGGUCAGUCAGUCGAGUAACAGAAAGAGAAGUCGAUCACAGCGAUGCCUACCUGCAUUUCGUUGGUGCAUGUCGCCGUAUUCCAGGUUCUCUCAUCGAAUGUCCGUCUCAUGGUCGGUUUCAAUCAAUCAACCGUCGAUCGACGCACACUCACGCUCUUAAGACAAAGGGUGCCUCGUCUUUGUCUCGUGCAGGCCAAGAGCCGCGCCAUGCUGGAGGCCAAAAUCCAAUCCAUGCAGUUCGAGAUGAAAAAGAUGGCUAAUACAAUCAAGGUGACAAAAAGGUCCAUCCGUCCCCUAGGGAGUGUCACCAUGAAGGGUGUUGUCAGUCGGUUGGUCCUUUAUCAUGCAGGAGGGUGCGACGUCCGGGGGGGGCGUGUCAAGCCCCACCGCCCGGCGGGCUCUGACCUCCGCCCUGCGCCACUCGUCAUCCAAGCACUCCGAGUUCCGGGGAUAUGAGCCCAUUGCUCCAGGAAUACACGGCAUCCAGAGAGGUAAGGCCGUGGAUACUGUCCGUACCGUACACACAGCGAGCACCCCGACGGCGGCCUGCAUCUACGUACUUCUCUCUUGAUUCUCACCCAUGUAGACUUUUUGAAUUUUCUCUAUGCUGGCGGCGGUUAUCUGCGGACAAGGUUUCUGGACGAGCUGUCCAUCAAGCAGCAGAGAGCUGCCAUAGCGGUCGGCCCACUGAUCGCACAAAGACGCUCUGGCUAGUCAGUCUGUGAUGAGUUGGCUGGCACUCCUUGACUGCAAGCUUUGUGUGUGUCUCACUCAGGGUUUGUGUAUCGACUGGUACGCAUAUGUGACGCGGGACGGUCUCCUCCGGUCGAUGGUCGAUGGGCUGGACAGAGUCCUGCAGAUCACAGACAUCAACCUAGCCUUCGCGGCAAUCAUCAAGGUCCGUCCUUGCGCACAAUCAUGUCCUACACAAUGUCUCCCUAAUCCACUCACUGUCUCCAGGAGAUCCGUAAGGCACUGCAAUGCGACCGAGUGACAGUCUGGAUGGUCGACGAGGAGAACGGCGACAUGUGGACCCUCAAGUUCUCGACGGGCCUCGUUGGCUCUGAGCUGCGCAUCCCUCUGGGCGUCGGCCUCGCCGGCGUGGCCUACGAAAGCGGCGAGGCCGUCAACGUCCCAGAUGCCUACGAGGACGAGCGGUUCAACCGCACUGUCGAUCUGCAGACUGGCUAUCGGACUCGCAGCGUGCUGUGUCUGCCCAUCGUGCGUAUCAAAGACGCGCCAUCCGUGCCACCUGCGCACAUACAGCGCGCAGGCAGCGGGGCCUUCGACAGGAGCAUGACACAGCAGUCGAUGACGAGCACUCAGGUGGUGGCCAUCAUUCAGUGCAUCAACAAAUUCGCCGGUGGGUCCGUGUGUGGUGGCGAAGAGCAAAGCAAGUGGGAGACUUCCGCGUCUGUUGUGUCUCGUUGGCUUCGCAGGUCCAUUCACGGAGGAGGACAUAUUUCUUCUUUCGUUCUUCGCCCCUGUGGCUACGAACGCUGUCUUCAACUGCCAGGUAGGUCGGCAUGUCGACAAUAACACAGGACGGAAUGAAGGACUGUGUUUUCUUUUCGUGUGUCUAGCGGUCUGCGGCGGCUGAGUGGCUUAUCAUGAGGAAGGAGAUGCUGUUCAACAUGGCUGAUGAGAUGAGGUACGUCGUGCGAAUGGCCGCACUUCGGCACUCACGCGGCCCGGCCUCUUUGUUCUCUUUCUUUCGUGCCUGGACUGGCCUACAGCCGCAAUUGUUACGCUUUGCCGGAUAUUCUUAACGCGAUCCAUUACUGGAUGGACACUAUCUUCAAAGUGGCUGACUGUCAGCUCUGCCUCAUCGGCAAGAAAAGCCUGCAGAGGUGCCACCGAGCGCAAAAGGAGGAAGAGGAGCCGUUCUGCCCAUCUGCCGCCGAGCCCGACCGGCGCCGCGGCUCUGGGCUGCUGGUCGAGCCAAAACCUCUUUGUGGUGGGUGACACAUACAUGAGCAGAUGGCCUUGUCCUUCUGAACUGGUAUGUCUUUUUGUCUCUAUCUGUGCUUGUUUGUGUGCCUGUAGGUUUGGUUGCUCAGUGUGCGGCAACCCGGCUGCCCAGCACGGCUGUCAACGCGAAAGAGGACCCCGCAUUCAGCCGUACGCGAGAGACGCGUCACACAUAUGGUGUGUAUGUAUGUGUGUCGGAUGCAUGGGCUCGUCGAUCAGGGUUGGUUGACUUGCAUCUGGACGGUGCGGUGACGCACAGCUAUCCCGUCUUUCUCUCGCCUGAAACACAGCACAAAGUCAUCGCCGUGCUGCAAUUCACCAUCAAGGUAAAUAAACCCCCUCCCACCCCGACGGUUGAUCGCUGUGUCUCUGUCUGUCUGUCCGUCUGUCCGUCUGUCUGUCUGGCUGUAUUGACGAGUGCAGCAGCGUCAGUCUCAGUUUGUGCAGAUGCAGCUGGGUGGCUUCGACCCCAGCAUCCCGCGGCAUCAGGAGAUCCUCAAGCGAAUGCUGCGGCUGCUCUCCAACUACAUGCAGCGCCUCGUACUGAAUGACCCACAGUUUGCUGGCUUCUUCUGACUCUUCCAACUCGCUGUGUGAUUCUGGGGCCGUUGGGCUUUUAGGGAUUUUGAGACAUAGGCAUGUUAGGUGUGAUUCAAAGCGCUGUAUGUAAUUCCUUUCUUUACAUCACGGCCAAAAUGCAUCCGAUCGAAGAAUGGUGGAGAGAAGACAGGCACAGGUUAGUUGGUGAUUUGAAUGAAGCACUCGUUCAACAACAAGGGCUAAAACCAGGGCAAGAACUGUUGACUCGUCUCUCCAAUUAACCCACGCCAGCUUCAUGAAAAAUGAUAUCUACAUAUUCCAGCCCAUCCAUC